UGAGCAGCCAUCUUGGAUAGACAGAUCAUACUUGGGCCAGGAUAACCUGCAUUCUUCUUCUGAACAGCUCAAGAACACAAAGCUCAAAAGACUUAAUUUCUGAACUUUCCUCCAGAAGGCCUUUUCUUUGUCCAUGUGAUCAGCAGCAAACCUCAGUCGAGCCUUAAGGUGCCGCCUCUGGAGCAAGGGCUUCCUUCUUGCACGGCAGCCUCUCAGUCCAUGGCGAUAGCCACAAUGGCCACUGCACCAUACAACUACUCCUACAUUUUCAAAUACAUCAUUAUCGGGGACAUGGGAGUAGGGAAGUCAUGUUUGCUUCACCAGUUCACAGAAAAGAAAUUUAUGGCGGAUUGCCCCCAUACAAUUGGAGUGGAGUUUGGUACAAGAAUAAUCGAGGUGAGCGGCCAGAAGAUCAAGCUGCAGAUUUGGGACACAGCAGGACAAGAGCGCUUCAGGGCUGUCACCCGCUCCUACUACCGCGGAGCUGCAGGGGCACUCAUGGUCUACGACAUCACCAGGAGAAGCACGUACAACCACCUCAGCAGCUGGCUGACUGAUGCCAGAAACCUCACCAACCCCAAUACUGUGAUAAUUCUCAUAGGAAACAAAGCAGACCUGGAGGCCCAGAGGGACGUUACAUAUGAGGAAGCGAAGCAGUUUGCUGAGGAGAACGGUCUGUUAUUUCUGGAAGCCAGUGCAAAAACAGGUGAAAACGUUGAGGACGCCUUCCUGGAAGCAGCUAAGAAGAUCUACCAGAACAUCCAAGAUGGCAGCCUGGACCUGAACGCUGCUGAGUCGGGGGUCCAGCACAAGCCCUCAGCCCCUCAGGGUGGCCGGCUAACCAGCGAACCACAGCCCCAAAGGGAAGGCUGUGGCUGCUAAUGACCAAGCAAACCCCCUUCAUCCUCCCUUCCUCUCUCUGUCUCCGUCUGUCCUCAACCAUCCCCCCUGCAUCCAUUCCUCCACCUCCGUACGUCCAUCCACCUCACUGCACCAGGAGCUGCAUGAGAGCAAGGCUGCAGAGGGAAGGAACGGGGGGACAGAUAACGACUUGGGCCAGACUGACCUGGGCGGUGUGGACUACAUCUCUCCUCCUCCUCUGCCUGUCUGUCUCCCUUUAUUGCUGUCUCACUCCUCCUCUUUAAACUCUGUCAGUGUGUUGUCGUCCCAUAACUCCUCUUUUGCUCCCCUCCACUCUUCGUGCACCAUUCAGUCUAGUUCCCCCGUCAUAGUAUCGUAGACACCACCACGCAUUACACGGGUUACUGACACUUUAGAUAGACUUAAUGUUCAUAUGAUAAUGAUAAACUGAGACUGUUUUUUAUGUUUGGUUUUAUAGCUAUAUAUGACACGUAAACACUGCAUCAAGUUUCAUCCACCACCGAUUAGUUCUCUAUGAAUCGGAUCUAAAUAAUUUUCUCAAACUCCUGGCACCUCUGCAUGGUUUACCAAUCCAGCAUUUUAUCGAGACAUGCAGGUGUGAUAUCUCACUCACGAUUCAUUUUUGUGGGAUUGGACAGUGAAGGCAAUGUAGUAGUGUAUCAUGCAGCCGCACAGGUAGAGGCUCUCAAGUGUGUGAAUGUAGCUGAGUGAGCUUUGUCAGCAGGAUUCAAACCUGCUUAUGGCUUUUAAUUCUUUCUGCUGCUCGGCACAAAGCAAGUUCCUUUGCCACAUAUGACAACACUGAUGUUCUCAGGAGAGAGAGGGGGGAAACAUUUAGAAAACCAGGAAUUACCCACAAAUUCCUUGUGGAUGAUUCCCCAGUCUCUUCCGAGAUAUCACAGGAAGGAAUAUCGGGUGUUUUCCAGCUUGUCUGUGUUUGUGAGUGUCUGUGUGUUAAGAAGUUGGAUAGGAGUUUAUUUUGACAAGUUAAAAUGACACUUUAACAAAAAAAACACAUGGCUUUUCUGUUUUUUAUGGACAUAUUCAUUCACAUCUGUUUCUUCAGCCCUCCCUCGUCUCACCUGUCUGACCCCAAAACUCUCCCCCAGGUCAUAUCAACAGGUCUUUACCAGCAUUUCUUUGUCAUUGUUUGUUGCCUUAUUAUAAUUAAUGUUGUUAUUCUUUGUUUGUUUUGCUGCACUUGCUCUCACACUGCUGUGGAACUUACACCAAUUUAAUAAAUCAACUUUUAGGAUGUUUAUUGCAUUUUACUGGAGAAUAACCUAAAAAUACAAGUGGUGGCUCACAUUGUCAAAAUAUCUCAAAUAAUCAAGUCUCAGCAGCAUGGUCUUAAACCCACAUCUUGAUUAUUCAGUUGUAAAAACAAACUGUCAACACUCCUUUAUCUCAAGUGCUACACUGAAGAGCUGAUCUGUUGUUCAUUUUGGCAGUUGUUUCUCUGCCUUGUAUAAUACAACACCAAGCAGCAUGCCCCCCGAAACACAGUGAAAUUGAAUUAUGCAUUGUAUUGAUUUUUUUUUUUCCAAGGACAAUUUUUCUGUACCAUAGUGUUUCCCUGAUUAGACAGCUGUAUAUACUGCUUCUUAACUAUUAGUGAUGAUGUCGCUCCUCGCUGCUUGGGAUUUAGAAGUUUAUUUGCUGGCUCUGCCAAGAUCUGUACAGUUGAUGUGCUAGUGGGUUGCCUGUAAUUCAUGCUUGGGAAAUUCUGUAACAUAGUUUCUAUUAAUAAAUGUAUGUAAAGGACAGACACCUAGACCCCCCCAACCACCCCAUCUGCACACUACUGAACCUGUCAAUUGGUUGAGGGGAGAGGAAGUGGAUUGAGAUGAUGUGCAAAUUAGUAUUUGUCUGCAAACUUUGAUUCCUCUCAUUUCUGUAUAGAGUGGAGAAUGGGGCACAUUUGUUUAUAUUCUGUUUUCUUUUUCCACACCAUCAUCGCUCCUCCGCAUGGGAGGGGCCUGCAUCGCUGUCUUAACGUUUGGGGAGUGGGGAUUGGUUUAUUGUGAGAAGCUGGUGGGCUGGGGCUUUUUUCCUGUGUCCCAUCUCUUUGCAGUCUGAGUGACCACUUCCUGCUUUUGUCUGUCCAUAAGUACAAAAAAAGUACAUAUGUAUAAAUUUUUAAGGAGCUGUGCUAACAUUUAAAUGCAUUCUUGAGUGUAUAUGAUUUUAAAAUGUUGACAUUUUGAUUUUAAUGACAAAAUACUCUAGCCAGAAAAAAAUAAAUUAUACAUAACCUGUU